AUGCUCAGAUGCGAUAGCGGAAGGUCAGGAACACCCGAGUCUGGUACACCUACGAGUGGAACAAUAAUACUAUCUAAAGAGCCAACAGCAUAUCAGGUGGACGAAGAUGGUAACCUAAAAAACCGUUGCUCUAAGCCCACACGCAAGGAGUUUGACCCAAUGCCGCUUGAUACCACCGCUGCAGAAGCUAUGGUUGAUGAAGAUCUAUCCGAACCUGAUGACACAGUGAAACUGUUACCCUCCGACGAGUCUAGUCUGACAGGUCCCCCACAAACCCCCCCUCACGACAGCGACCAAUCCUAUGAUGAAGCUACCUCUGGCGGUGCGAGGACCCCUCCUCCCGUCGUUAUCGAGGCAGCUGUUUCUGAAAUCGGCAAGCUCCAAGAACAAGAGGUUGAUCCGCCCUUGACUAAAAGGUCCCAAUCGCAAAAGCGCCGCUUGUUCCGAUCCUAUCUAACUGCAUCCUUCUGCCGUAUAAUCUGCGAUGAGGGCCACCGUCUUAAGACUAUCUACUCGCGCCAGCACCAGUCUGUCGCCCUCCUGAACCUGGAUUCCACCUGGUGUAUCACAGUUACACCGAUGUGGAAUCGUGCGUUAGAUUACUGCGGCUAUCUUGCGUUGCUAUGGAAGAAGAAGUUUGCACUCCCUGUAGAUAGUACAGCAAAGUACCCUCCUGGUACCGAUCCUUCCCCGGCUACUAUGACCGACCCAUUGGAUCCCUAUAUCUGGUGGUCGGCAUAUGGUAAACUUACUUUGGAGGGACAGCCGUAUUACCUAUUAGAUCCCCGAGGUCUGGUGGUUCUCGCCCGUCGCGGAAAACUGUCUGCUGUCAAUGGGUUCCUCGCGCUUCCGGUUGUCCUCCGCCUUAGCAGCCUGAUGCGUGAGGCCGGCAAUCAAAUAAUCGGGCCCAACGGUACCACUGUGGUCAUUGGAGACGACAUUCCACGCCUCCAUGUGUCGACUGUAAAGCUUCGGAACACUCGCUUCACCCAAGGUAUCCACAACCGCGUCUUAACCUUCUCAUCGAGUCCCUCUAUGGCCCUCCAAGUAAUACCUCAGCCGCAAAUGCUCCGUCGGCUGCAUCGGCGGACAAUCCCGCAAUCAUGA